GGAAAACAUUCACGUUCACAGCCCUGUCACUAUCACUGUCACAUCGGCUGCCACAUCAGAGCUUAAAGCUGAAGCUGUAGAACCGGAUACUUGCAAAUGAACGAGGAUCGGCACGCGUUGUAUCGUGUUCAGCUAUAGCCCAUGGAUCCAUAAUCUUGAUAUUCAUCUCACCAACGCGCAGACUGGGCGCAAUCCAGUCAACACUUAAAAUUGGCUUCUGCUUCGAGUUGGCCUAAUGAGGCAUUCUUGAUAGUCCAUGUUCUCGUAUCUGAUUCCCUCGAACUAAUACAGUUCGCUGGUUAGGAAUCGUCAAGCCUAUCUAUACAUCCGAUUUGGAACUUCACUUUCACCAUGUGGCCUUCACUUUCAUCCUUCAGGCCCUUUGGAGGCGUUGCCUGCCCUGCUGGCGCCAAGUGCGAAGCCAUCAACUGCUUGUUUUCUCAUGCUCCUACACCACCAAAACCUCAAAUCAUUUCGUCGGAGAUAUCUGCUCCGGAUAUUCAAGAGCGCGAGCCUAAGAGAUUGAAGAUCGACGACAGCGCGAAGAAAUCGGUCCCAUCAUUCCCUCACCCGAAACCUACCGUCUUCACAGGCUCGCUCGUCAACAAAGAAACAUCGGCUCUUGGACACAAGACUAUCACCGGUGCAAACCACGACUCUACAUCGUCAAAGUCUCAAGACCAAAAAUCUACAGUUCCAAGGUCUGUGAUUAAGACCGUCUCUCCACCACCUAAGACAACCGGUGCAAAGGCAGCCGUGCCUGAUCCGGAGGUCAAACUAGCUCCACGUAAGUUAACUAAAGAGCCUGCCCAGCUCGCAAAGCGUUUUACAUUACUUAAGGCACUUCGCCAAUAUAUGGUGCCUCUUAACGAUAAAGUUUCCAAAAGCCCAGAUCCCGCCAUCAAAAAGCUUCGGUUGACCGACAAUCAACUGAAUAAAGUUGCUAUUGACGAGGAGGCAAGGUUCGGCGAACAGCACGGAACUGUAUACGAGAACGUUCUGAAACAACGACUAGUCGCCCUUAAGAAGAUGACCGUGGACACUUGGGUGAAGGAGAGACAAGUCGCAACAGCGCCCAAGAAAAGUGUUGAGCCCAUAAAAGAAAAGCCGAAACCCGUAGAGACAGGAUUAUCAGAGAAAGAGGAGGUUGCUUUUCUUUCACAUCUAAAGUCUUCGCAGGACGGCCUGGAUGCGCAUGGUUAUGUUACUAAGUUACCGACCCAAGCCGAGCUGGACAACACAUGGCAGACGCUUGCAGCGGCUGAUCAUUGGGAGAAAUGCGACAGAUGUAACACACGCUUCCAGGUCUUCCCCAAUCGGCGAGAAGAGGACGGUGCUUUGACGACAGGAGGUCGAUGUAAGCACCAUUGGGGAAAGAAGAUGUGGCCAAAGACUGCAAAGGGUCACAUGCCGGGAUCAUCAACAUGGACGUGUUGUGGCCAGACAGUAGGGAGUGAAGGUUGCACCACCCACGAGACCCAUGUGUUCAAGGUUUCUGACCCGAAACGUCUGGCAACAAUUAUGCCAUUCGUGGAGACCCCAGAGAACGCUAGAGCCGAUCCUCACGCCGCCAUUUGCUUUGAUUGCGAAAUGGGAUAUACCACCAAAGGGUUGGAGCUGCUGCGCGUUACAGCGGUGUCCUGGCCGUCACACAAGCCUGUGCUAGAUGUCUUAGUUCGACCACUAGGACAUGUCCUUGAUCUAAACACACGGUUUUCGGGUGUUACUUCUGAACAAUUUCUUGGUGCUCCUGAUUACGACGCGAAGAAGCCCUCGUUUGACGCAAAGAAUCUCCAAAUCGUCGACUCGCCUCAGUUUGCAAGGGAUCUCUUCCUGUCUUUGAUAUCCCCAAGCACACCCUUACUCGGUCACGCACUUGAAAAUGAUCUCAACUCUAUUCGUUUGAUACAUCCCGUCUUCAUCGACACGGUCCUGCUCUAUCCUCACUUCAAAGGGCUUCCAAUCCGCAACUCACUUCGGGGGCUCGCGAAGACACAUCUUAACCUCGAGAUUCAGCAGGCAGGAGCAGCAGGUCACGACAGUUAUGAAGAUGCACGAGCUACUGGCGAGCUUAUCCGGUAUAAAGUUGCCACUGAGUGGAAGAAAAUGAAGAGAGACGGCUGGACGAUCAGUGAAGAUGGAUUAUUACCCCCAGUGCCGUCUGGCACGCCUCCAACACAGUCGACUACAUCUGAGAGGACGAAGACGAGGAUUCUCAGGUUAAUGUGA